CAGCAGCAGCACCAGCUUCCGCAAGGGUUGCCAUGGGACGUUGCGACAUUUCCCGUUGCACAAUCGUUGGAGGAGCUGCUGCUGGGGGGCGAUCGAACGCUGCGAGCGACGAGAGAAGGGGACACAUUGGACUGGCGCUCGCGGAGUCAUGGCGAAGGGAAAGGGAGCGAUCCUGGUGCGGUUGAUCUCGGCUGCGGGAACCGGAUUCUUCUACGUUACCACCAAGAAUCCUCGCAAAAUGACCACCAAGCUCGAGUUCCGCAAGUACGAUCCGGUCGUCAAGCGUCACGUGCUCUUCACUGAGGCGAAGAUGAAAUGAUCAGGGCAAUCCCGUCGACCUUCCAAAGGUAUGGAUGCGCCGGAUUUGAGCUGAAUUGCGCGGCCCAUGGAUGAUAUGUCGAUCUUACGGGCGGCUGACUCGACAUGUUGCUCGGGUGGACUUGGAGAUGACCCAGUGACUGCGUAUGUGAGGUCGUUGACGGUGGGCACCGAUUUUGAUUAUUCAAUCACCGCGAAUUUGAGGUGGAAGAUCUGAAAGAUUUCCUUCAAAAGUGUGAGCUUCGAGUAACCCAGAGAGUUAGAGCUCGGAGCGCCGAGUUUUGCAAAGUUUUUUCGAGCUUGGCCUCACUCCUCAAUCUUAUGUCUGGCUAUCUGCGAUGAACAUCUCCUGCAAUUGUUGUUCUGGCGUUUACCGCCGACAAGUUUUGUACAGGAAUUCGAGCUUGGUUGGUUGACUUCAAAGUUGGAUUAAGGGUUUGGCGUACU